AUGGCGUCUGUACGUGCAGUAACUGCAGAAUUCAUUGAAAAAUACCACGAGUGUGAAUGCUUGUGGAAAAUAAACAACCCAUUUUAUAAAAAUAAACAAAAAAGAUUGUCUGCAUUAGAGGCGCUGUUGCAGAUAUUGCGUAAACAAGACAAAAAUGCAAAUAUGGAUUCCGUAACUAAAAAAAUCAAUAAUUUAAGAUGUGCCUUUAAAAAGGAGCACAAUAAGAUAAAAGCAACGAACCGAUCGGGGGUUGGUACCGACGAAUUGUACAUACCAAAAUUAUGGUUUUAUGAUUUAAUCAUGUUUUUGUCAGAAAGUGACAAUGCCUCCAGGAGUUCAAAAGACAUCGAUGAGAUACUAAAUGAAAUUGCCACGACUGAUAAUCAGGUAAAGACAUAA